AUGCUUUUAACUAUUUUCUGGUUUUGUUUUCUUGCUGUGAACCACAAUGGAAAGACAUUUUCUACCAUCCAAAAAUCCCCCAUGGUGGGCCCUCGCACCACUGCAAACCUCCCUAUAAAUAUCCCACCUUUCUCUUUACUCUCCUAGACAAAAAAGAACACAAUUUCCAUUUUUACACUGCUCUCAAACACUCUCUCUUCCUCAUUCUUCCUGAAUCUGAGAAUCUCACAUUAACAAAAAAUACUACUCAUUCACACCGAAGUUAUACGGAUUUCCGGCGAAAUUUCAUAAACCCAUUUCGGCGAAGAAGGAAUUUUUAACUAAGAAACACCAUAAUGGUGGACGUAGACCGGAGGAUGACUGGUCUGAAUCCGGGCCAUGUGGCGGGUCUACGGCGGCUCUCCGCUCGGGCUGCCGCUGCCGCCUCGGCUUCAACUCCUUCUACUCCCCUUCCACCACGCAACAGUCUCAUUUCUUUCACUUCUUUAGCGGAUAAAGUUCUGACCCAUCUCAAGAAUUCGGGUAUUCAAGUCCAAACCGGUUUAUGCGAGUCGGAAUUUGCAAGGGCGGAAGCAGAGUUCGGGUUCGCCUUCCCACCUGAUCUUAAAGCUGUUCUUUCAGCUGGCUUGCCAUUAGGGCCGGGUUUCCCGGACUGGCGGUCUUCCGGCCCUGCCCGGCUUCAUCUCCGGGCCUCCAUUAAUCUUCCUGUGGCAGCCAUCUCUUUCCAUAUUGCGAGAAAUUCUUUGUGGUCCAAAUCUUGGGGUCCUAGGCCAUCCGACCCGGAAAAAGCUCUCAAGAUCGCCAGAAAUGCCCUCAAACGAGCGCCGCUUUUAAUACCCAUUUUCAACCAUUGUUACAUUCCUUGUAACCCCUGUUUGGCCGGGAACCCAAUUUUCUACGUUGAUGAAAGUCGGAUAUUUUGCUGCGGUUUUGAUCUUGCAGAUUUCUUCGAACGAGAGUCAUCGUUGUUUCAGAGUUCGGAACCGGAUAUUCUGUCAAGACAACGCUCAGUGGGGGAGAAGUCAUCCGGGUCAUCCAUGGACUUUUCUAGGCGGAGCCUUGAUGCUCUAACCGUCACUGGAGGAAGAACGCCGAGAUGGGUGGAGUUCUGGAGUGACGCAGCCAUCGAUCGCCGGCGGAGGAACUCGAAUUCGUCGUCGUCGUCAUCGUCGUCGCCGGAAAGAUACUUCGAUAUGCCAAGGUCCGAAAUACCCAAAUGGGUGGACGAGUACGUGGGGCAAAUCGGGUCGGUUUUGAGAGACAGCGGUUGGGACGAAUCGGACGUCUCGGAGAUCGUACACGUGUCGGCAUCUGGGUUCUUCGAGGGUGGCGAGAUGGUGCUGUUGGACAACCAGGCAGUCAUGGAUGCUCUACUGUUAAAAGCGGAUCGUUUCUCGGAUUCCCUCCGGAAAGCCGGGUGGAGCUCCGACGAGGUCUCGGAGGCUCUGGGUUUUGAUUUCCGGCCGGAAAAGGCGAGGAAACCGACAAAGAAGUUGUCACCGGAGUUGGUUGAGAAAAUAGGGAAACUGGCUGAGUCGGUAACCCGGUCGUCAUCAUAGCGGUUGUACAAAAUUAUUAGUGGCAAGCAGCAGACAUCGAGAUUCUUUUUCCCUUUUUCAACUUCUGCUCCUAUAUUUUCCAGAUUUUCAAUACCUCGAGUUUGCCCUUUGCCUCUUCGGGUCAAGUAAAAAAGCAGGAAGAAAAAAAAAAAGAAAAGGAAGACAUUAGCCCACAUAGUAUGAAACUGUGAAAAGCUCAAGAAAUGUAAAAAGAAAAGGAAAUCCAUAUGACACGAGAAAAAAUUAUAGUAGUUCCUCGAGAUUUUGUAGAGUACAUUUAUAUAUAUAUAUAUAGUGAAAAUUGAGCUCUUUAUUUUACCAUCUGCAUUGGAAAUUUUGGGAUUUUCAGCUUAUUUUUUGGAGCACGAACGGAACAUUAAUCUUGGGAAUUGGUUUUGGUUAAUUCCUUUGCUUAAUUCUUUUCAAAGCUAAUCUACUCAUUAGUAUUACCGGGUACCUGCUAGUGCCUAGAUGAAUGGAAAAUGGUUUGUUUUGUUGAAUGAAGAGAACUGGGUACAGAUUUCAAGUAAGGGGAGCGCACGUGUGCUUCUUUCCGAGUAAAAAGACGUUGUUGUGGGACCAAAGAUCGAAACUUGGGACAGGAAAAACAAAAACCCAGGUUUAAAAAUUUGAAAUUGCGAUAAUGCAAAAUGAUCCAAAAUCAAAUCAACUGCUACUGUUUUGUGUGUGUGUGUGGGUGUGUUUCUCUAGCUGUUUGUGG